UCAAUAUGAUCGUUGGAUGGAAUUAAAAGAGACGCUGCAGCUUAAAACUCAUGCCGAUGUAGCAGAGUACCUUCUUGAUCGGAAUGAAACCUUGACGUUUGAAAGUUCUCCCAAGAAGGUUAAAACUGCAUUAAGUGCAGUGACAUCAACACCGGGACCAACAGCGACCAUUCUCCCACCCAAAUUUUCAGAUGUGUCUGAAAUAUCUUCAGAUCAAGACAAGGGGGGCAGAAAUUCAGAUUUAUCUGGUGUAGAACAGUUUGUAAAAACUGAUAAGAAAACAACAGCUCCAAGCAGUUUCUUGAAUCCUUUAGAUCUCUCAAUCUGCUUAUCAGAAAACUACACCAACGAGGACUCAGAGGAUUCAUCAGAUGAAGAUUAUGAGCCUAGUUUCAUAAUGACCAUGAGAGAGGACACUCAGACUGAAGCCAUGGUUGAGGACUCUGAAAAUUAGGAUAGCUGUGAUGAGGAAUCAAAUGAUGAUCUUCGCCCCGGGUUUGCCUAAAUUUUAACUCCAGAAGAGAUUGAGGGCUGUAAGGAAGAGCG